UCGUCCGACCGGUGAGAAGUUAUGCGAAUAUCGUCGGUGAUUUUGGGAUGCUUGGCCCUCUCUUUGGGCCGGGCUCAUCGCCAAUACGUUGAAAAUGAUAUUCCAGAGCUGAGGUAUCUGGAUAAGAGCGUCAAUCCUUGCGACGACUUCUACGCCUUCACUUGCGGUAAAUUCAACGAAGUCCACCCAAUUCCGGAAAAUGCUUACAGCUGGGAUCACUUCACCAUCCUCCAAGACGACAUCCACAAUUUGGCUAAAACAAUUUUGGAAUCAAAACGCGACCCUGAUGAGCCGACGGCUCUGAGGAAGUCCAAAGCGUUUUACUCGGCUUGCGUCAACGAAGAGUUCGAGGAUCAUCUGAUAUCGCCGAUGAAAAAAGCUUUGGAUUACUUAGGAGGUUGGCCAACUGCUUCUGAAGAUUUCCAAGAGGAAAAAUUAUCGUGGUCGCAGAUCGGCGAUUUUGUCGCCGAAUACGGUGUUCCGCUUUUCUUCGAUUUCAACGUGAUUCCAUCGAACUUCAAUAAAACAGGCAACGUCCUUUACAUUUCAAGAGAUCCUCUAACAAAUCCAGAGCCGAGCAUCAGAUGGCAAAUGGAGUUUGACGAGUUGAGUUACUUGAAAGAGGAGAAAAGGACGAAACGCAGCAAAUCAGAGAGAGGUCCUUUCUUGAUCUUCCUAGAUAAAAUGGCGUUAAUGUUGAAGGAGCACGGUAAAAGACACGAAGAGAUUGUAGAAGACAACAGCGAUACUUUUCUGUUUAUGCGCGAAGUCAUGAAACAAAGCGAUAAUCCAGUAAAUCCCAACAUUUCAACUAUACCGAACGAAGCCACAAUAAAUCAACUUCAAAAUUGGACCAAUAUCCAUUUAGGCGCUGAAGGAUUGGAUUGGUUGGAAUAUUUUAAUCAUGCGUUCAAAUAUUCAGGAGUUAAGGUGACCGGAGACAUGAAAAUCUUCCAAUCAAACGCAAUGCCCAUGAUUCACGGCAUGAUCAACCUAUACAACAACAGUCCAGCUAAAACAAUCAAAAAUUUCGUUGUUGCUAGGAUUUUAACGUACAUGGCUCCCGACAGUGGCUCCAGCGUACGGCAAUUGUUCGAGGAAUUCUACAAGAAGCAAGGAUACACAGUUUACAACAGGAAAGAAUAUUGUCUGAGGAAGACUUUAGGUUACCCAUCCGAUUUGGGUUUAAGCGUCGCAGUUACCUACGAAUACCAGAAGUACCAUUUCAACAACAACAAAUUGCAAAACGCUUCAGAUAUGAUUUCGGAUUUGCAAGCGGCUUUCCAGGAUAUUCUGGAUGAGGCCGAAUGGAUGGACGAGGCUUCAAGAGAAAAAGCUAAAGAUAAGGCGAACAAUAUAAUCACGCUUUUGGGAUACCCGGAUUACGCGUACCAAAUUGAUUUGCUCAACGAGCAGUACGAGAACUUGAGGGUUUGCUCUUGCGAUCACUUUGGUAACUCUCAAAGAUUGCGCGCUUUCGAGCAGGCCAACAACAUGAAGCUUCUCGGAUCGAAAAAAGAUCGCGAAAUAUGGAAUAUGUCGCCGUUGACUGUGAACGCGUUUUACAACAGAGCCAACAACAGAAUACUGUUUCCGGUGAGCGUCCUCAAUCCGGUCUUCUUCGCUGGUGAAAUUAGCGUUUUGGAUUAUGGGAGAAUCGGAGCUGUGAUCGGGCACGAGAUCACGCACGGCUUCGAUAACACCGGAAAACUUUACACCAACGAAGGUUCCAUCGGUAAUUGGUGGACGAAGGAAACGGAAAAUGCUUUCAACGAUAACGCUGAAUGCUUCAAACAACAAUACAACAGUUAUUACAUCCCGGAAAUUGAUAAAUAUGUUGAUGGGAAUGAGAGUCUUAACGAAAACAUUGCGGAUAACGGUGGGCUAAGGGCGGCUUUCAAGGCUCUUCAGAAGCUUUCCAGAAGGGUGAAUCCUUUGUUGUCGGUGAAGGAUUACACGGCCGAGCAGCUGUUCUUCGUCGGAUUCGGAACUAUGUGGUGCACCACUGAGACUGAUUAUUAUUUGUCCAAGAUGCACGGUACAGCUUACGCUCCGAGUAGGUACAGGGUCAUGGGUUCGGUGUCCAACAUGCCCGAAUUCGCGGAGGCCUUCAAUUGUCCCGUUGGGAGCAACAUGAAUGGCCAAGAUAAGUGUCUCCUUUGGUGAUAAGCUUCUGGGACACGCUAAUCUCCUACGUACAGUUAGUCAAUAUUCGCUUCCUCCAUUUGUAGCCAAUUCGAUUCAGAGAAAAUAUGUGUUUCGAGAACUUGCAAUAAUAAAAAAAAUUAUAUAUAUAAUAUGAGUUUCGGCAGGUAUUUUUGCGUUGAUUCGGUGAGUGUUUUAGUACAUUUUUUUUUUG